AUGGAUGUGAACCAGUUGAUAAGACAAGCAGAGGAGUUAUUCAAUCAAGGAAAGCAUGAAGAAGCAGUAGAUUCAUUAACUACUGCUGCUCGUCAGGAUCCUAGCCCCAGUCAAAUGUCCACCAUUGAGGCAUUGAUUCAGAAAAUCGGACAAUACAUUGUGAACAAUGGUGAUGGAAAUACGUCUCGCGGAAUGGGAAGUACGCUAUUCAACACGUUUGCUGGCGGAAACCAUUCGGGUGGGGGGUCUCAGUCACAACUUGGAAAACUUGCCCUUCUUGGUACGAUCCUCGGAUCUUCCAAAGGCAAUUCUGGCGGUUUCAAUCUCUCAUCGGUUACAUCAUUGCUUGGCGGGAGUGGGAAACAGAGUCAUGGAAAUGCUGCUGCUGGAGGUUUGGCCGGUGGGACUCUGGGCGCUUUGGCAGGUCAAUUUUUUGGUCACCAAGGAUCGAGCUCAAACCCAGAACAAAACCAAUACCAAAAUCAGAAUCAGUUUCAGACACAGGGCCAAAACCAGAAUCAAUAUCCUGCCCACAACCAGGGCCAUUCUCAAAGCCAGUCCAGCUUUGGGAGUUUGGCUUCAAUGGCUAGCUCCUUUCUAGGCGGAGGCAAGCAAUCUAGCCAAGGACCUCCUCCAUCUCAAACGGGGAACAAUUUUGGGCAAUUCCAAGGUAGUCAUCAACAAGGUGACGGUAGAUACCAAAACCAAGGUGGCUCAAACCAAAGCUACUAUAACGAAGGAGGGUUGCAGAGCCAUGGUGGGUAUUCAGACAAUAAUUUCGGUGGCUUCCAGGGCCAAAACCAAUACAAUCAAGGGCCCGGUGGCUAUCAGGAAGAAGGCCGCUUCCAAAGGCCGGGUGGCUACCAGGAAGAAGGUCGCUUCCAAAGGCCCGGUGGCUACCAGGAAGAAGGUGGCUUUCAAGGGCAAGGUGGCUUUCAAGGGCAAGGUGGCUUUCAAGGGCAAGGCGGUUUCCAAGGGCAAGGUGGUCAUCAUGGAAAUGGAGGCCACCAAGGACAUGGGGGCAACAACCAAGGUGGCUACAACCAAGGUGGCUACAACCAAGGUGGCUACGAUUCUCAACCUCCACAAGGUAACUUCAGUCAGUCUGAAUACAACCGCCCUGGCCAAGGAAACCAGGGUGGGCAGGGAUUUAACUUUUCUGGAAACUUUGCGUAA